GCAACACCAUCGACUGCAGUGAGCGCAUGCAUAGUGGUUCAGUACACAAGAGAGAGAGCACUGUUCUUCAAACUGUAAACGUCUAUCGCCAGAUCAAAGAUGGACUGUGGAAUCUUCACAUCUAAAACUGUGCUGCUGUUCAUCAGCCUUAUAUUUUGGGCUGCAGGAGCGGCGUUGGCCUUUGUAGGAGCAUCUGUCAUCAAAAGUGUCGAUCAUUUUGAGAACUUCCUGGCCGACAAGUACACCCUCAUUCCUGCGGUCAUCAUCAUCUGUGUGGCUGUUCUGAUGUUUAUAAUUGGGAUUGUGGGAUGUUGUUCCACUUUAAGGGAGUCAAAGCUCGGGUUAGGCUUUUUCCUGAUCUGCAUACUGAUCAUCUUCGCAGCAGAAGUGGCUGCUUUAGUCUGCGGUUUCAUCUACAUGGGAAGGAUAAAUGGAAGCCUAGAGAAAUCGAUGACCACUGUGUUUGAGAAAUAUGAUGGACAGAAUCCAGAGAGUCGGACCGUGGACCUUCUGCAGUCUCAGCUUCAGUGCUGCGGUGUCAGCAACUACACUGACUGGACCAGCAUGCCCUGGUACAGCUCUCACAACAACACCGUGCCCCUGUCCUGCUGCAAGAACACCACCACCUGUACCGGAAGACCAGACCAGCCAGAUCAGCUCAAUACUCAGGGAUGUGAAAUCCAGCUGGAGAAGUUCCUCCAGAGUGUGUCCGGUUACGCCUUGCUGGUCAUCUUGGGUUUUGCCAUCGUCAAGUUCUUUGGGAUUAUCAGUGUCUGUGUGAUCACAUGCCGAAGCCGCAGAAAUGACUACGAGCAGUUCUACGCAUGACCUCAACA